AUGGCGGCUGAAGACGAUUCGGAUGUACCAGAAACGGGUGCUGUGUUUACAUUCGGAAAGAGUAAGUUUGCAGACAACUUGCCAAACAAGUUCUGGGUGCGAAAUGACGAGGUGCGAAGUGUUGCCUGUGGGGAUGAACACACUGCUCUUGUGGCAGAGAGUGGUAGAGUGUUUACAUUUGGAACAAAUGACUGGGGCCAGCUAGGACUUGGAACAAGCAAGACAGCAGAUAGACCCAGCUGUAUCAAAUCUUUGAAAUCUGAGAAAGUUAAACUGGUAGCAUGUGGCAGAUCUCACACAAUUGUUGCAACAGAGUCUGGAAAGCUGUAUGGAUUUGGAGCAAAUGGCGAGGGCCAGCUAGGUGUUGAGGACUCGCCGGCCAGCAAUGUACCCAAGUGUAUAGACAGUCUUGUUGUUCAGCAGUACACAAUGCUGGCUGCAGGAGCAGACCACUCUGUUGCUCUUACUGAGGAUGGGGCAGUGUUUGUUUGGGGUGGAGGCAGCGAGGGCCAGCUAGGCCUUGGUGGGAAAACAGAGUGUCCAGAGCCCGAGGAGAUCAUGAUUGAGGACCGGUUCACAUGUAUCUCCUGUGGAUACUACCACACAGCCAUGGUCACAGAAUCUGGGGACCUGUUCACAUUUGGGGAAUGUGAGGGGGGUAAACUUGGAAUUGGGGAUGACCCUGAUGAGACUGACACCCCACAGAAAGUGGACCUGCCCGAGCGUGCAACUGCUGUUGCCUGUGGAGGCUCACACACUGUAGUACUCACAGAGACUGGGUCAGUUUACACAUUUGGAGAGGGUGCAAGUGGUCAGCUUGGUCAUGGAACACAUUGUCUUCAGAUUUCCACGCCACGCAAAGUCAACAUUAACUUCAAAGUUGCAUCUAUAGCAUGUGGAGAAAACCAUACUUCAUUAAUAACAGACAAAGGCCAGUUGUUCACAUUUGGUGAUGGCCGCCAUGGAAAGCUUGGGCUGGGACAGGAGAGCUUCUCUAAUCAGUUUAUACCCACCAGAGUCAAGAGAUUCCUCAAGUUUGCAGUAGAAAAGGUGUCAUGCGGAGGGUGUCACAUGAUCUGUCUUGCCAAACCCCGGCUAGAAAACGGGCACCUGUCUGACUCGGAAGAUGACCUGAUAAUGGAGUCAAAGAUGAAUGGAACACUCAAUCACAGUCUUCGACCUGAUGGAUCUAUUGAUCUUAACAACAGUGUCACGGCGCGGGACAGACGGAGAAAGAACAAUGACUCAUUUAAGAAUGACCUGAACAGAACUUUACCCCCUCUUGCCAGUGGUCAGAAGAUCCCACCCAACCUGCUCCACCAAACUGUGCCGGCCGUCAAGACACGCAGAAUAGAAUCAAAACCAAAUGACAAGUUAAAAGGAGAUGGAGAUGCAGAUAGCGCUCACGAGGCAGAGGAGGAGGCAAUUAAGGCUGAAUCUCACGAGGCAGUGCAGUCUUCCCCUAAAGCUCUACCUCGACCUCUCCCCAGGAAACACCCUCAAGAAGAGCAUGACAGUGAAGAGGAAAGCGAUGCAGAGGUGGAAGAAGAAGAGAUGACAGAGUCUAAAAGGGCCCUUCCACAGGCCCCACUGCCCCCACCCCGUAAGCAGCCUGCCCACCCACACUUUGAGGACGAGGAAGAAUCAGAAGAGGAGGGAGAGAAACAUGCAGAUAGAAAACCUCCACCUAAACCAGCACGCAAGAAAAAAAAGAAAGAAAAGAAAGUUGAUAUAUUUGGCAAGAAGAAAACUGGUAUUUCUGAUGAUGAUGAAGAUGAUGAAGGAGAAGAUGAAGAAGAAACAGAAGAAAAUGUUGAAGACUUUGUGGAAUCUGAAGGUGAAAAGUCUUCUGAAGUGGAAGAACGGGUCGUAUCUCUUAAAGCUGAAAAGGAAGAUGAAGCUAAGUCAGAUAAGGAAGAAAAAGAUCAUGAUGAUGAUGAAGAGGUGAAAGAGGAGGAGGAGGAGGAGGGUGAAGUAGAUAAAAAGGGAAAGAAGAAAGAUAAGAAAAAGGAUAAAAAGAAAGAAAAAGUUAAGAAAAAAGACAAAGAUAAAAAGAAAGAUAAGAAGAAGAAAAAAGGUGAUGAAGAUGAAGAGGAGGAAGAAGAAGAUGAAGAAAAAGAUGAAAAAGAAGACGAAAAAUCGACGAAAAAGGAUAAAAAGAAAGAUAAAGACAAGAAAAAAGACAAAGAUAAGAAGAAAGACAAGAAAAAAGACAAGAAGAAAAAGAAAGGUGAUGAUGAGGAGGAAGGGGAGGAGGAAGAAGAAGAUGAGGAUGACGAAGAAAAGUCUAAAAAUGAUAAGACAAAAGAGAAAGACAAAAAGAAGGAUAAAGGCAAGGAUAAGGACAAGAAGAAAGAUAAACACAAAAAGGGUGAUAAGGAUGAAGAUGAUGAUGGUGAGAAGUCUGAAGAUGAGAAGGAGGAGGGAGACACGGAGAAAAAAGAGGAAGAGAAACCUGCUGAGCCAAUCAAGAAAAAGUCAAGAACAUGCACCAUAUUGUGAUUGGAAAAUGGAGAGUCAUAUUUAGGGGAUGGAAAUAUUUCUCUGCAUGAGGAGCAAGUGAUAGAUAGUUGUAGAGUGCAUAUUCUGUGUAACCUUAGAAACUGGACUGGUGCAGGAUCAUACCCUGACAGAAGUGAAACUGUGAUGUUAGACAUCUUCUGAAGUUACGAUGGACCACAAUCUAAUUGUACAGAAAACGGAAGAUACUGUAAAGGAGAUCUGACAGAUUGUCACAAAAAUAAUGCAUUUGCAGUGUUUGAGAGCAUAUAUUUUAAUUGACAUGAUGCUAUAUGGCAUUUAGACUGCCUUAGAUAAUUUCCUAUUUUGUUUAACAAAAGAAUUACUGAAUCGAAGUCACUGUGCAUUUGUUUGUCUAGUGUUGUCAUGUUACUAGUAAAUCUCGCAUUGGUUAAACAGUUAUGAAUAUUUAUUUCAGUCUGAUUAAAAAUGAUGUUAAUUGUGUGGACAACAGAACAUCUGAAAUAUUUUUCCCCAAAAGAAACAUUGGCAAUGGUAGUUGCAUACACGUCAUUGAAACUUACUAUGAAAUGUUAGUCAAGUCAAUGAAGUGGAGCACAAUGACUUAAUUACAUUGGCAAUCUGGGCACCUGAUCUUAUCCAAGAAUAAUUCAAUCUGAGGAAUUUAAAACUAUUGAAGUUUUAUCAUAACGGUUAACUCAUUCAAAAUGGAGUCUAGAUCAGUUGUAAGAAUCUGUUGUCCACUUGGCUGUACAAAGUGUAUUUGUAUAUAACCUGUAGAUAUUGACCUAAUUCCUUGGGGCAAGAAUGGUGCUAAAGGAUUGUCCUCAUUCUCUGCCCUCAGUUAUAAUUCUUUUUCUUUUUUUGCCUUUAUGGUGAUUUUAGUUUUACAUUUAUAAUAUUGAUAUUGAAUUCAUUUUACCUGUGUCAUAAAAGUGUGAUUCCGUCCAAACUAUUUUCCAGGUAAUUCACAAGGUUUUAAGUAGGCAGUAGCUUAUUAAAUACAUGUAAUUUAUAUGUUAACGAUUGUAGUUGUAAAUAUGUACUAUAUUAUAUUUUUAUAUACUCAUUUCAUUUUUAGACUGAUAUAUAAGAAGGUAUUGAUCAAAAUGUGUUGUUUGAUGGGUAGAAAUAUUUAUUUAUUUUAAAUGUUGUGAAAAUUAGAUGGCAUAUUUCUUCCUGGAAAACUGUGACUUUUCCCCUUUUAAUGAAUAGAUUAUGAGCUUUAACUGUGAUAUAUGACUCCAUGACUGUCUGAAACUGUUAUAUUUGUUAAUAUAUAACCCUUCUUUGUAGAUAUAAGACAAUUGGUCCGUAUAUCACUGUAUUUGUAGAUUUUUUUUGGCUGGGACAGACCUUGCCAAAAAUAUAAUAUGGACCGCUGACAUCAUAUUUUAUGGACUGAUGAUGUCAUUAAACUGGAGUGCGGCUAGUGAUUUUCACAAGGAAAAAUUGUAGCAAGUAAACACAUCAAGCGGUAUAAAAAUGUUUGGUAUAAUAUAACAAAUAUUACACACCACUUCGACCAUACGGCUUUCAAAGGCACAGGCAGUCAGACACCAAAAAUGAGUGGACGUCAGCUAACGCCUCGGUCCAUAUACACUUGAUGGCUGACUGGCAGGUCCUUAUCAUGGCUUAUGUCAUAUAAUUAUUUCAGUGGUGUGUAAUAUUUUUUAAAAAUGGACACAUGGACCUAUACUGUAAUUUAAACAUUAUAUGCCAUUAUAGAACAACUGUUUAAAAUCCAAAAUGAUCUUGGUACAGAACUUUCGAGGUACGAAACAAUUAAGUUUGUGAUGAAUACAUUAUACUUGGAGACUCCAUCUUUUGUGUGCAAAUACCGUAAUUCACCUAAGAGUUCGGACACUUUAAAUAUUCGGACACCCAUAAUUAUUUUCCAAAAUAAUUUAUUUUGCGUACCUAAUUUUCGGACACCCAAAGGACAUCAAUCAUAACUUUCACAGUUACCAAGUUUCACAGACAAAGAUUAUUGAUUUUUAUCUUUACAAUGCCUGGCUAGAUUACCAAAUGGUAUGUAUACACCACUGUGACAAGUUAAUUAGUUACUACCCAUCCUAAACGAUUUAUUGCCUGUUGAAAAGGAAGUGUGAUAUAUUUAUUGGAGGAGUAAAGAAACAACAAGGACAAUCAAGGGAUUAAGAAAACAUAGACAAGAUAUGUUUGUAAAACGAUCUGCCAAUAAACUUUCUAACUUGUACCACACUUACAGACUGUAUGAAACAAUAAUCGUACAGUUAUACAUUAAUACUGCAUAGCAAUGUCCAUGCUCUCCACGAGAUCCUCGUGGGUAUAACUGUAAGUUAAGUGACGUCACACAGUGUGACUCUUUGAUCUGAAGCCGAUAGAAUGUGUUUAUUUAGUUCAAUGCAUGUAUAAAAUGGUGUUUUAAUUAACUUGAUGAAGGAUUUACACUUAUAGGCGUAAUAAAUAAGUUUAUGACCAUUGAUUACUACGGAUAAAUUAAUAAGUGGUAAAAUGCAAACUUGAAGAAAAAAGGCAGGUUAAACAAACAUGUAAAUAAAAUGUAAAAAUAGUAAUUUUCUAUGUAUUCGGACAGCGAAAAAAAUAAUUAAUUUAAGGUGUCCGAACUCUUAGGUGAAUUACGGUACAUUCUAUUUGUAAACUUAUAAGCUCAAAAUGAAACUCAAUGUAUUGCCAGUAUAUUUUUUUGUCCACUUACAUUGAAUUUGUAUAUGGUAAUUUUUUUAUAAUGUAAAUAUUCCCAUAUUGUUUUCCUUUGUCCAUUUGAUGGACAUUUUUAUUAGAGGCGUCUGAUGAAAAUCUUUUUUAUCAGUGACGGAAUGAGGCAGUUGUCAAAAUUAAAAAUUAACAUUCACUGCUCACUGUGGUAAAUACCCACCCACUUAGUUAUGACAGGUUAAGAACAGUAUCACACUCAACAAUUGAGCUUCCACACAUUUUUAGAAAAUUCUUAUUAACACUUAGGACUAUCAUCCCAAAGACAAUUAAUCUGCGUUCUUUCAUGAUUGAUGCGGACAUGACGCAACAAUAUUUAGAUAUUUGGCUGACAUCAGUUAUGUGAUCAGUGGACUUAUGAAAAAGUGCAUUUCCUAAUUAAUUGAUUAAAUAUUGUUCAAACAUUAGAUUUUAAGAAAAGAUCAAUCUGUUUCGAACAUAGAAAACAUUUGUUUCAUUAAUCAUGAUUGAUUUUUCAUUAUAGCCUGUUAUACGAAAUCUAGUGCUUUAUGUUUGUAGAAUCAGUACAUUUGUGUUUGUUUAUCGUUAUGUACCAUUUCAUGCCUAUUUAAUGAUAUGUGCCAAUUAUAAUAGAUGGUUUGGUUUGACCUAUAAGAGACAUUUAUGCUAGCAUCGUCCCAUGAACAGUUCUACAGUGAUAAGUAAUACUGUUAUUGCAGAAAAAGAAGUACUCGUUUGGCUCAAAAUUUCCGAGGCUCGAGGUAUUUUCGCUGGUCCCUCGGAGUUCAAGCCAACGGGGUUCCACUGUAAUGUGAUAGCCUUGUCAUCGUUGUUUAUGUAAAAGUACAUUUAGCUUGGCAUACCACUAUUGAAAUGCAACAAUUGUUGCCAGUGGUUAAAAAACAACAGGUGAUCAUUGAUGUACUCUCUGAGUGGCUCUUGUGUAAUAGCUAAUGCUUUUUCUUUCCCUGUAUGCUUUUAAAGAAUAUAAGUUGUUAAUUUACAUAGAAUUUAUCAUAUAUAAUGGUGUUUGUUAUUGUUAUUCAUAUUAUACUAAAUGCCUAUAUGUUUGGAAUAGAGAUUAAUUCAUAUCCAGCAUUUUUACUACACAGUUUAGUUGUUAUGUCUUGUCUUUGUGACUCGUUUUGCAUGUGAAUUUUAUGUAGUCCAAGAUGUUAUAUGUUUAUUCAAUAACGAUUAGUGAAAUACCUUUAGUUUUGUUGAUAUGCAUUUGUGUAUUGACCUCACAAGCAGCUCAUUCAUGUAUAAAUCAUGAAUAAAACUUGAAAAACCUU